UUUUGUGACAGUUUGAAAGUUCUAACGUACCUGAAAAAUCAUCCAGCUCUUCUCCUCUAAAUCCUCCCCUGGAAUCGAUGAGGAAAUACCCGAAGAUGACCUGGAAUUAUGAAUAAUUAGUGAAAUAAUCCCAAGUAUUAAAUAAUCGGUGGAAUAAUCAAAAUGGUGCACUGGACGAAGGUGAUCUCAGGGUUUGAUGCUGAGGACGAAACCGUGAAUUUCGGUGCUCGGGCUGUUGCAGAGCACGAUGGAGCAAUCUACGAGACUUGGACGAGGGCGACAAUCCAAUGUGAUGACCCGGAGGAACGUCAACGCAACCUUCAGAAUGAUAAAAAUCCCCAGGUUCUCUCCCCGAAAGUUCACGCCUCUUUCCACCACGCAUUCCUCUGCAUUUCCGUCGACAACUCCCUCACAAUUUUCGAAGACGAAUCCUGCCAGGAGAUCCUCACCAGCAUCGGUUUUGAUUCCCCAGUGACCUCCUACUGCCUCUCCUCCACGGAUCUCCUUCUUGCAGCCAUCGACACAGGUCUCGUCCACUGCUUCAACCUCGCUCGGGGUUCCCAGCAGCUUUUCUGCAUCGACCUUGAGACCUAUAACUGUGGCAACGUGAUUCACCUGUCCCUGGAAGAAUCCGAGGACUUCUUAUCUCUCACGAUGGUCACUACGACAGGGAAAAUCUUGAAACUGCCAUCGAUAAAUCCUUCGGACGAAUCCUCCAUCGACUCGCAGAUCUCCAAGAUCUCUAUUGUGACUACAAUUUCGGCCAUUUUAUCGGCAUCAGACAUUCCCACGUCUGGCCCUUCUAAAUCCAUCAUCACUCUAGGGGAGGAGGUCUUCAUACAUCCCAGGAACAUCUCCUGUAGCCUGACGUCGACUCCCUACCGAUACAAAAAGUGCCAGCACUUCGAGAAGUACUCCGGGAUCAUCUGCCUCACAACGGAAGGAUCUCUCUCCCUCAUCUGCAGACAGACUUUUCUCUCCAUAAAAAUUCACCCCGGACCUAUCGAAGAUUUUAUCACAAUCCCUGAGGGGUCUGAUGACUAUCACAUUCUAAUCCUGAUGAAGGCAGAGCCCUCAGAGGACACCACGUCCCUUCACUUGAUGAGCUUUCCUGAUUUUCAGGUAAAAUUCUCGAUGCUCGUCCCCAAAGACAGUUACCUGGUAAAUCUAAACCACACAGUGGACCACCUGAUCUUCCUGGAGGCUGCGAGAAACCCCCAGGGAAUAAUCGACACCAUCAGGAUCAAAGCCAUCGAGGAAAGUUCUCCAGACUUUCGCCUCCAGAGGCUCCUGCGCCGGCAAAAAUUCACAGAAGCCAGGGACUUUGCGAAGAAGUUUGGAUUGAACGAGGAGACGGUCUACCACGCAGAAGCCAAACUUCUGAUGGAGAGACUGCAGCCUUCCGUCCACGCCGAGGAGUUUGUCAAUGUCGAAGUCUUCCUGGAGACUCUGGACAAGAUCAAAGACGUAGAGUUUGUCUACGAGUGCUGCAAGAAUGCCCUCACGAGGGAUUACAAGGAGACCAGGAGAUUGGUGGUUUACGCUAGGAGAAGAAUCGUGGAGUUCAUGGGCUCCUUCGAGGGCAAGAGCCACCACGGCCACGAUAGGCUCUCCAAGCUCCUGAGUCACGUGAGCAACACGUUGAAAAAGCUGGAGACUUUCGAGAUAAUCCACGCGGUCGAGUCUCUAAAGGGCGAACCUGAGGAGAGCAUUGAGGAGUGGAACCGAUUCUCCAAGUCAAAUCUCCUGGACGAAUGCAUGAGGCACCUUUCCCUGGGGGAGUUGGAUGCAGCAGCCCUCAUCUGGAUCAGACAUACCUCAGAAAUCUCACCUCAGAUGACCACCAGCAGCAUUAAUGAACUCCUACAGUCGAUCCCCGAACCCCUGGGUCCCUCCAGUCUGUGGCCCUGGCUUCGCCACUUCGUUCCCUCAGCCACAGCUCUGAUUCCUUCAAGUCUCCCAGCUAUUCUCCAGUGGUCCCUCAAGAAAACGAGAUCCCUGGAGAUUUAUCACCGAGACUCCUGGCCCAGCAUCGGCCUGGACUUCGCCAACGGCCUCCUCUCAAUCCUCCAGUUCGAGGAGUACAAUAUUUGCUUCCAGUUCCACCAACAAUACGCCAGUAAAAACUCUCAUCUCCAGAAGCUGCAGCUCCUCAUUCAGGCGAUGUCUGAUCUAUUGGAUCUCAAGACGAAGUACAAGAUCGUCGUCCCUUUAGGGGUGUACCUGGGGGAUUCAACGGAGGUUAUUCACCUUCUUCUGAAUAAAAUUCACAUCGAAGAGAUCCCCUCUCUGAUGAGCACCUUCCUCCAGCAGUAUAUGCUGAAUCACUCAUUGAAGAACGAUCAGGUGCUGUCGUCGUAUAUCGCCAAGACCCUGAAGAUGUCCAAGGGCUGGUGGAUGUUGGAGAAGGCCCCCUGGGACAGGCGACUCUCAGUGAUCAUUGGGCACAUUCACAAUAUUCAGAACCGACUUCAGCAGACUCUGGAGGUCCUGAAAAAAGCGCCUGUCCCGUGGUCCCCAGCUAUUUCUUCCCUUGCUGAGGACAGCUGCAGGUACGAUCAUCCUCUGGUGGGAAAAAUUCGGAUAGAGUCCAGCUCUAUUGCUGUUAAAUUAAUCAUGAAAAAGUAUGGCUUUGCCCAUGUGGGCCUCUCUCCAAAUCUCUAUCAGAGGAUCAUCAAAGAGGCUCGGGCGAGCAUGGUCCAGGAUCUUCUGGAGCUGACGAAGAACGAGCAGAAGAUGAAGCAAAAGAGAGUGCUAGGGGCGUGUGUGAGCUAUCACCUAAGGACUGGAGACCUCGACAAGGUCAUGGCGAUCUUGGAUGUGCUAGAGGAAGAUGUCGUUGACUUCUGCUGUAAGCAGAUUAUCAACGAUUUUCAGGGGAGACUUAACAAUUUUCGAGACUACAAGGACGACUCCCUAGGGUACUACGUCGAGAUCCUGGAGUCUGUUGCCCGUAAAUUAUCGAGGAAGAAUCACGACAUCUUGGAGAUGAUCCCUCACCUCAGGUCUAUUUAUUUCUUGAAGACAGAAUUCAACAUCUCCAUCAACAUUCGCGAUUACUUCGAGAACAAAAAGCAGAUUUUACUGGAGUUUAUAUCGAAUCUGAUCGAGACUGAGGACCUGGGGAGCGGCAAAUUUCCGGCAGAUCUGGAGCGAGUGUCACGUCUGCUGAAUCUUCCGUCAUUAUCGGGCAUCUACGAGUACUUCGAGGCAACGAAAGAUGCGAAGGUCCUCCAGGAGUACGUCGUGAAUGGUUUGAGCACCUGGGAGAUCUUCACCUCCGAGGAAUGUCUUUUCUCUCUAAAGAUGAUCUCCCAGCUGCUCCUGGAGGGAAAAGACGAUGCCAUCGUGGCAAAAUCCUUGAAGGAUCUGAUAUCUAGGAUCAUCAUGUACUCUCCAAUAGAGACACUUCCUCAAGUCCUCGAGUCUUUGAUUAAAAUUGACACCUACACCGAGGCAGUGAGCGACACCCUGGAGCUGCAAGAAUCCCCGCUGUACCCGAUCUACAAAGACGCCUCGAUAUCCUGCGGGGAGGUUCUCGUUCCCUAUCUUAUGGACCUCUUUGCCCUGUCCUAUUACCUAGAGAACGAUCGAAGUGACAGUCACUCAGACGAGGACAUAGUCCUCCUCAGGAAAGCUCUCCCCCUGAGGACUCGAGGGCUGAUGAAUGAGCACCACGAUCUGGCAGUGCUAAAGAUCCUGAUGUCGACAUGUGUGAAAAUGGUUUCGCUGUUACCGAAGCACGAGGAGAUAUCCUCCGAGAUGAGAACCAUCCAGAACGCUUGUCUCUCCGUGAUGCUGAAGAAGGUCAUAGAUUCGAUGGUCUUCGACCUUCACCUAGGGCUUGCCUGCCUGUUCGCCCUGCCCCAGGGAGACUCUCUGAAACUCCUCAAUCACUGUGGACAGCUGUACGAGUCCGACCAGCGAAGAGACCGAGUGAUAAAAGAACUGAGUUGCGAGUACUUUAGACUAACGAAGAACUACCCCCAGAUGGAAGCCCUCAAAUCCUCCAGACUCCUUCACCACUGGGCUAAGAGGCUCGUCCAUUGUGGGGUGUCGUACCGAGAGGUCCUCACGAGUAACAACGAAGACAAGAGGAAUAUUCUGAAGAGGAUCAUGACGUCGAAGAGGCCUGAGACCUUGAAUCUUCUCAGGGACUUCUGUUCCAACUUCGGUUUCAUCUUCACCGACUGUUGUCUCAGUUAUCUGGAGAUUCUCCUCACCACAUGGGAGCCGGAUUUCAAGGUGGACACCCAGGAUGGCUCCAGACACGUCAAGAUCGAUGAAAAUCAGGUGAAAGAGCUGUUUGUCGAGUGCAAAAAGGUUUCAGCUGAAAUCACAGAUAAGAACGCCAUGAAGAGGUUUCUGGUGGACGCCUUGACAGCUUCAUCCUUCAAUAUUUAUCAUUACGAGGUGUUCCUGCUGGCACUAGAGAUUGCUGAGAUAAAUGACAAGAUUGACUGGAUCAGCCAUCUGUGCUUUCUCCAGAAUUACACGAGAAUAGGAAAACCAACUGAGGUAGAGACAGAUGCCUGGCUCAACUGGUGUCAGGAACCACAGCUGCCGCCCAUCGCCAAAUGGAGGCUGCCCUUCUUCCCCAGGGUUGAUUUCAAGGUCAUCAUUCCUGAGCUCAGCCUCAAGACGUACGAGAAGUGGUUGAGCAUCGCCCCAAUCCUCAGCAUUUCCAUUUCCAAUAUUUGUACUCUAGCGGUCAGGAACUCCACUAAUGACGCUUGGGAGGCCUCCAAGGGGCUCUGCAACACGUGGUCCAUUAACAGCAGAAACUCAAGCCUCUUGAAGGACAUCAAGAAGUGCCUGGAUUACAUGCAGGGCGUCGACAGGCUGACCUAUGGCACUGCAUCAUUGUAUUACGUUGUCAAUCAUACCCCUCCUGGGGCUGAUCUCGUGGCAGCUGCCAAGGAGUGCUUUUUGUACAUGGAACAGUGGAAGGAGAUGUGCGGGGAUAAGGCCGAUCCUGCCAACAAAUUCCCCAGGAUCAAGGAGAAGUAUGUGAUCAACACCGCAAAGCACAUUCUUCAUUCUCAUGGAUUGGGAAUGGCGAAGUACCUGACUCUCGUGGAUCGUCCGGAAGAUCUGAUAACCUCCCUCUACAAAGACGACUCCAUCCCCCAGCGCUACAGGACAGCCACCAGACACCGGCCAGACAUAAACUCGGCGGUUGACGCUCUUGGGGGUGUUCUCCCAGUGGAGCUCCAUAAGAUUCGAGGAGAAUUGCUGAAGGAGUGGCUACAACCAGAGGCCUCAGACUCCAAGAACGACAGCAUCACCGCUGUCUUCAGAGAGCAGGCAGACCACAACGAUCUUGACACUUUCAUCACUGAUGACAAUCUCCUCCGGGCGUGUUACAUCGUGUCCGGCAAGUCGGAUCUCAUCCACUACCUCGUGCACGUCUCCUUCGACGAGAAAGAGAACUACAACGCUGGAGUGAAGUUCAGGGCUCUGCGGAUAAUUCAAUCGUUGACAGACGAUGCCACACUUCAGAGUUAUACGAAAAUUAGUCCUGAGCAGUUCCACCGGCACAUGAAGAGUCUCCAGUACGUGACGGAGCUGCAGAGACUGGGAAUUGGGUACAGCGUUAAUGGAUUCGAGAGCUGCUCCAAGCAGAAGCUCCUGCAAGUGCUGGCCAACAGUCAGUUUGAAGUGGCUAGGGCACUGGGACUGAUCCCCCAGAUCUUUCUAGAUUUUGAACUUGAGGAGUUUGACGUGCUGGAUGUGGCGCUGGAGAGAAUGGUCAGGAUGGGACUCGUCAAGGAGCUCAAAAGGAGCCUCAUGAUGCUGGCGGGGAUCGAUCGUCUAGUGAACUGCUCUGGAUACAUCUCCGCCUGGCAAUUGGUCAUCUCUGAUGGAUUUGGGAGAUUAGGGACUGACAAGGGCUUGGAAGAGUCCAUAGAGGCCCUCAGGAUGCUUCACGCCUGUCCAGUGGUGGAUAAAUUACACUUUGAAGAGAUUGUUGAGGGGUGUCUCAGACCUGGACAAAUGCACUUUGCUGCAGCCCUUUUGCAGUUCCUCGGGGAGAGGGAAAGGACAGGAGUGGUGGAGAGGAUAUUGAAGGAGGGGGAUGUCCAGGGGGUCGUGGAUGGGCUCAGGGAACUCCGGGGCAAGGGCGUUCUUGGGGUUGAACAGUCUGUGAUGGUGAUUCAGAGAGCAGCUGGAAUGGUUAAUGGAAGUUGAAGUAAAAAAUUGUGAGGGUGGCUGUAAUUAAUUUUUAAUUUCUCGGAGAGGGUUUUUAGUCUGCCCUUCUUUCAGGUUACAAAAUUCUCUUCAGCUCUCCAAAGUUACGUUCAGUAAAUUCCGUAAUUGAAUAUAUUUCUUUGCCAACAUGUUUUGCAAUUAAAAUUGUAUCUAGUUUUUAAUAAUGUAAAGUAAUUGGUUGAAUCUUCGAGGAGUGGAGAUUGAUACAUUUUGUACAGAUAUUUACACAGAAAUACAAACUUUUUUACUUUUUA